ACAAUCGGCGGCUCAUAUAGACCGGCCAUGCACGAAUCGAAAUUCAGCGUUUUAUUGCGCGCGCUAUAUAUACCGUAUAUUAGUGUCCGAUCCGAUCUUCCCGUCUACCUUUACACGGGCACGUUAUGGUGUCGUGCAGACUUCCAUUUAUUGGUAUUUUUCGGCUCCAUUUGGUUGAUUGUCAAAGAAUUUUGGCUGCCAGAAUUUUGAUACGACACCAACUUAGCAAAUUUCUCCCAAGGAACUACGUUAGCGGUCAAAGCAUAAUGACGGAUAGUAAAGGAAGUAAACGUAGCUGUGUGAGAAUAGGCACACACAAUGGAACUUUUCACUGUGAUGAGUCCUUAGCUUGCUUCAUGCUUCAACAGCUUCAUCAAUACAAAGAUUCAGAAAUAAUUCGUACCAGAGAUCCUGCUCUCCUCGAAACCUGUGACAUCGUAGUUGACGUUGGUGGAGUGUAUGAUCCAUCUCGACAUCGUUAUGAUCAUCAUCAGAGAUCGUUCAAAGACACCAUGAAUUCAUUGAAUCCUGUAUUACCAUGGACUAUUAAACUGAGCAGUGCUGGUUUGGUUUACUAUCACUUUGGUAAGCAGGUUAUCUCAACGACCCUUGACCUUUCACCUGAUGAUCCUGACGUGACCUCUAUCUAUAACAAAGUCUAUGAGAACUUUCUUCAAGAGGUGGAUGCCAUCGACAAUGGUAUAAAUCAAACAGAUGAGAAGCCAAGGUAUGCCGUAACCACCAAUCUGAGUUCUAGAGUGGCACAUCUCAAUCCCUCAUGGAAUGAUACAGAACAAGACUUUGAGAGUGGUUUUCUAAAGGCAGUAGCAUUGACAGGUGAGGAGUUUCUUGAUAGGGUCAAUUAUUAUGCCAAGGUAUGGCUACCAGCUAGAAGCGUCGUCAAGACAGCACUUCAAGAUAGAUUCAAUGUUGAUGCAUGUGGUGAGAUCAUCACCUUCCCACAAGGAGGCUGCCCAUGGAAAGAACAUUUAUUUGAAUUGGAACAGGUCUUAGAAUUAGACCUACCAAUCAAAUAUGUCCUCUACCCUGAUAGCAAUGGUGCAUGGAGAAUACAGUGUGUACCAAUCAACAAACAUUCCUUUGAAAACAGACUAUCUCUUCCUGAAAAGUGGCGUGGUAUCCGUGAUGAAGCACUGAGUGAGAUUACAGGUAUCUAUGGAUGCAUCUUUGUCCAUGCAGGAGGCUUUAUUGGUGGCAACAAGUCAAAAGAGGGAGCCCUUCAAAUGGCUAGGAAAUCACUACAAUUAGGCCAAGAAAUGGACUGAAAAUUGUUCUACCUGCUUCUGAUUGCUGUUAAUAUGCUUCCCGGAGGCCGUUUCAUAAAGAUGUUCCUUUAUUACACGUUAAACAAAUGCCAAUGAAUAUACCAUUUAAUACAAGAAAGGAUCACCAGUCGUUCUUAAAGUCGCUCUUAACUUUUGAACAGUUUUAUGAAACACCCACCAGUUCCUAUUUAUUGUGUGUUGAUGUCACUCUAGCUGUACCUGCACCUAACAACAUCCGGAUGGGGGGAUAAUCAACACCCCCUCCUAAACAUUUUCCAGGACCAUGUUGAAUGUAAUAAAGUGCUGUCAUAACACACAGGGGUAAUCAAGUAUCACUGACAAGUCCUAGGUCACAUGAUCAAUGUCAAAUGUCAUUUCGGGUUGAUGAACUUAGUAUUGUAUCAUUAUAUGAAUGUUGUUUUUUGUUAAUUAUUUUAUAGUAGUUUUCAAAGUCAGCACUGCUGCUAUGCUGAAACGCGUAAUGCAGGUGAGACUGCCAGAGGCGCUCCACUUGUUAUUGGAUAAAUUUACUGAAUUUACAGCCUGACUGAGAUGAAAUAUCUGAAUAUUUUUGUCUUGUCUGUAUGAAACCAACAUGGAAUACACCCAAAAUUUUGGGAUAUAAUUCAAUAAUUACUAAAUUUGUAAAGUAAAUAGCUCAUAAAAAAAUAACUUACAGAGAGAGUGUACCAGAUUCUGAUCUCAUGUCACUCAUAUUGGAAUGUUAUAUGGUACUGACUCUUUAUCAAAGCUUAGAAAGACUUUAAGCUCAACUUGAAACAACAUCAACUGACUUUUUCUUGAAUGAUGAAAUGUCAUUCCAAUGCGAGUCCUUCAUAUUUGCUAGUUUGUAUUCUUAGCAUGAGACAAGAUAUUAAAAUGGUUUUUAUUUUGAUUCCCGAUAUGGUUGUCACAAAUCCAGCAGUUCAGAUUCGCAAGCAAAGCUGGAAAUGUAUUUUUGAAGACAUCAUGUUAUUAAUACAAAACACAAAAGCUUGGAUGCAUACUGUUCAUAGAAGGAUGUAUUAUGUGUUUUUAACCCUUUUACUCUACGUGGUGGAGUGGGCAUAAUGGCCCUCUCCCUAGGCAUUUAUUUGUUGUGAUUUAAAUACUUUCAAGUCGUGCAAGACCUUUGGAAUUGAAUUUGCGAUAUCCGAGUAGCAGUUACAGAAUUAUGGAACAUAAUGUAAGUGCAUGUCAGACCAAAAAUUGCCUCAAAACAUGUUUUUUCUGUACAAAGUAAAUACAAAAUGUAUUCCAACUGACAGUCUCUGCCAUCGUGCAAAUUCUCGUUGCUAUCACAUGAUCUGUGGCCGAGAUUUUAAGGAGGGCCAUAACCCAGCCCACCCCCCCCUCCCCAGGAGUGACAAGAAUAAAAAUACCCCAGGGUUAUUAAGAUUAAAAGAUUUGAUGCCUAUAAAGAAGAAGCACAAUUACAGCAAAAAUCAGGAAACACAUUACUCCAAUAACUACUAUUUUAUCAUUCACAGAAUCUUUGUAGGAUUCUGAUCAAAUGUACUUUCUCAAAAUAUGUUUCACAAUAUUUCUUAUGUAUUGUUCUUAAAAUUUCAUAUGUAUUUGCCUUUUUUAAUGUAAAACCUAGGCUAUUUUAUUUUGAUCAGUUAAACCAGUAAGAUUGAAAAUGAUACAUUUAUGAAUUUUUGCAAUAAUGCAAAGACAGCCCCCCUUAGAUCUUGCGAUCACAACAAAAGUUGGCAUGCAUGUCACCCAUUAGGUAAUCUCACAGUCAAUAUUACCAAAAUUCUUGCUAUUUGUUUUUAAUUAUGGUAAUUUUUGCAGGAUAUCAUAAUUUGGCUGUAAAUCUUUCAAUAUAUCCCCCAAACUGCUAGAUUUUGGUCUGGACACUCUUCUUAGGACUAUUAUCAAAUUUUACUAAAAAAAGUUGCAAUAUCAAAUUAUUUGUUAAAGUGUCUUAUUGUUUUAACAAUUUCUUAUGUAUUUCUAAUUCUAUGUUUUUUUCGACUUUAUGUUUUCAUUGCUUUUUGUGAUGGAAAUCGUCGGCAACACUAUUUCAGUUAUAGAGAAUAUGAAAUCUAUUGCUUUUAAACAGUGAUUGUAAAAAUAAUGAUACAUUUAUAAAUUUUGGCUACAUAAAGAAUUUGCAUUGGAUUUGUACAUGAAAUGACGUUGUUGAGCAAUUUUAGGUCUGCAUGCACUGAAGAAAUGUUGCAAUUUUGGUCUCAGAUGUAGCGCAAGACUUGAAAGUCAAAAGUCAGCAAGUGACAUCUUCAAAAAAAUUUGGCCGUUAAUCUCGCGAUCACGAUAAAAAUUGGCAUGCGGUCACCAAUGACAUAAUCUCCACAAUUUCAUUGUCAAUUGUACCAAAAUCAAAGGUCAAGUCCACCCCAGAAAAAAUGUUGAUUUGAAUAAAUAGAGAAAAAAACUAGCAGGACGCUGAAAAUUUAAUCAAAAUCGGAUGUAGAAUAAGAAAGUUAUGGCAUUUUAAAGUUUCCCUUAUUUUUCACAAAACAGUGAUAUGCAACAACUCAGUGAUAUGCAGAUGAGUCGGUCGUGAUGUCCAUCACUCACUAUUUUAUUUGUUUUUUAUUGUUUGAAUUAUACAAUGUAUCAUUUUUUACACAUUUGACAAUGAGGACCAACUUGACUGAACCAUAUAGUAUUAAGCUAUGUUCAGGGAGGAAUUAAUCGUUGUUUCACUUGACAAUGAGAACAAAAUUAGAAUAUUUCAUAUUUCAUAUAAUAAAAUACAAAAGAAAUAGUGAGUGGAUGACGCCAUCAGUCUCUUCAUUUGCUUAUCGACCAGGAUGUGCAUAUAGCUGUUUUGUGAAAUUAAGCAAUACUUUAAAAUGUCAUAACUUUUUAUUUUAUAUCCGAUUUUGAUGAAAUUUUCAGUGUUAUGCUUGUUGAAUUUUUCUCUUCUUAUUCAAAUCAACUUUUUGUUGGGGUGGACUUUUCCUUUAAAAGUUAAUCAAUGCAUAAAAUCAUUAUUUGGCUGUAAAUCGUUUAAUAAAUAUAUACCCAAAACUGCUAGAUUUUGGUCUGGACACUUAUCUUAAAACUAUUAUCAAUAUCAAAUGUAUACUUAAAGGGGAAUCCAACCCAAAUAAAAACUUUUUUUUGUAAGAAAAAGAAAAAUCAGACAAGUUGAUAGGUGAAAGUUUGAACAAUAUUGGACAAACGACAAGAAAGUUAUGAAUUUUUAAAAGUUGUAAAUAUCGGUAAUCACUAUACCCAUGGAGACUUCAAAUUGGCCGCAUAUGGGAUGACAUAGUGAUUUAAGGCAAGGACUACUCUUCCAUGUACUCCAAUACAUGUCAUUUUUCCCCAAAGUUUUAUUUCAAAUUAUAUUUUUCUUUCAUGAGGACUCAAAACAAUAUACUACCUGGGUUAUAUUUAGAUUACUGCCCCAGGGGAAUGGUUUUUCAUUUUUUUUCUGUGGAAAUCAUCGGCAACACUAUUUCAGUCAUAAACAACGUGAAAUCUAUUGCUUUUUAAUCAGUAAUUAUAAAAAGAAUGAUACAUUUAUGAAUUUUGGCUACAUAAAGAAUUUGCAUUGGAUUUGUAGGAGAAAUUGAGCAAUUUUGAGUCUGGCACGCACUUACAAAAUGUUAUGUAGCUUUAGAACUGCGUACCCCUGUGUUGCGAACUUGGUCUUACAAGUUGCGCAAGACUUGAAUGAAAAAGUUAUGAAGCAUUGUGGCACGUUUUUUUUUCUUGUGUGUGUUACAUAUUUAUCAUGAAAAAUGGCAACGGGGGUUGUUUUUGCCCCUACCCCCCCCCCCCUUUUGGGCUGGAUAGGAUUAAUCUUUGAUGGAUUUCUCAACAGAAACGGCAAAAGUCAUUCAUUGUUGUACAAUUUAAUGUGUUAAAGACAAUCCAUUGUGACUCCUGCAGAGAUAAGGUUUUUGCCAUAAUUACUCUGUUUUUCAACAAAAUUAUGGUAUGACAGUUUUCGUAAAUUAGGAUUUAACAAAAAUAUAUGUAUGUUAAAAAAAGCUUCUCCCACAAAUAAAUGUUAAUGGCACUUUAAAUGAUUAUGUAGAAAUUACUGAAUCAUAUUUUAUAUGAUUUUAUAAUUGCAAAACUAGCAUUGUUUUAUACAAGUGGCAUAAAUUUUAUGAGAUAUGGUUCAUUGAACAUCGAGAUAUGUGCCUUCUUUCAGCAGUCAGUAAACCCCUAAAUCCAUUAUUAUGUUGAAUAAAAUGUGAAAUCCAA